UUAACAAAAUCCCCGCCUCAGCACUUUGUUAUCGUAACUAGAAAUGAGACAAAGAGGGAAUCAUUCUUAGUAAAAUUGAAAGAGAGAAGUGGGAAUUUGUUGAAGUUUUUCUUUUUUCUAUUUUUAGUUAUGGAUUUUCCUUAAAUCCCUCUCCAACUAACAGCUCAAGCCCAGUGCGAUCAUCAUAAUAAUUCUUUAUAGACCCCACUAACCGCCAUCUUACUCAUUCAGUGUGAAUCCUUCGGUGGGUUCGUUUCUGAUUCUUCUUCAAUUUUUUUUUUCUUUUCAUUAUUGACUAAUUUUUCACACCCACUACUGAAUUGAUCGCGGUAAUGCCCGUUUACUUGCUUUUUGCUUCAUCUUCCUUCAUUCCCACUCCACUUAUAAACGUAGCGUGAGCUCUAUCCAUCUUCAUCAUUGUGAAAGGAACAACCCCAGUUCCAUCGAUUUGAUUUUUUCUUGGUGUUCAAGCACUUUCUUGUUCGUGCAACUGGCUAGAGGGUGAUUAGAAGAACAGACAGCGUAAAUCUAUUCGGUGGAGUGCGAUGGAGCUAUCUUCUCUAUUUAAUCUUACUGUUAGGAGAUCAUUGGGAACUAUCUGGUUGUGUAUUUAUAUGUUAGUGCUUUCACAAAGCACUAGAAGUGUACUCUCGGAAUCUAAGUAUCUAAUUGGUCUCGGAAGCCAUGACAUCACUGGACCAGCAGCAGAUGUCAAUAUGAUGGGAUAUGCAAAUGCAGAACAAAUUGCAUCUGGAGUCCACUUUAGAUUACGAGCUCGUGCGUUCAUUGUUGCAGAGCCUCAAGGAAAAAGGGUUGUUUUUGUAAAUCUUGAUGCUUGUAUGGCCUCACAGAUUGUGACAAUUAAGGUGCUUGAGAGAUUGAAGGCAAGGUAUGGGGAUUUAUACACUGAAAAGAAUGUUGCUAUUAGUGGAAUCCAUAGUCAUGCUGGGCCAGGUGGUUAUCUCCAGUAUAUUGUGUAUAUCGUGACAUCCCUUGGAUUUGUGCGCCAGUCAUUUGAUGUACUUGUGGAUGGUAUCGAGAAGAGCAUCAUACAAGCUCAUGAAAAUCUCUCGCCGGGAUCAAUUUUAAUAAAUAAGGGAGAACUCAUCGAUGCUGGUGUGAACCGCAGCCCGAGUGCUUACCUAAAUAAUCCUGCCUCUGAGCGUAGCAAAUACAAAUAUGACGUUGACAAAGAAAUGACACUUUUGAAGUUCAUAGAUGAUGAAUGGGGUCCUGUGGGUACCUUUAAUUGGUUUGCAACUCAUGGAACUUCUAUGAGUCGUACAAACUCACUAAUAAGUGGCGAUAACAAGGGUGCUGCUGCAAGAUUUAUGGAAGAUUGGUUUGAGCAAAAGGGUACUGGAACUUUGCACCCUGGUGAAUCUGAAGCUGACAGUAUUCCGCGCAGAGUCUCAAACAUUAUUCCUGAAGUAUAUAAAGACAAGCAGGAGUUGUUGGAACGUGCAGCAUCGUUUCAGUCACAACCAGGUAGACCAGCAACCAGGGCUCUAAGCGUUUCAAGCCGUGUUAGAAAUGUUCUCAGGCAGGCUGAUAGGCCGCAGUUUGUAUCUGCUUUUUGUCAAUCAAACUGUGGUGAUGUUAGCCCAAAUACUCUUGGGGCAUUCUGCCUAGACACUGAACUGCCAUGUGACUUUAACCACAGUACUUGCGGGGGAAAGAAUGAGCUAUGUUAUGGACGUGGACCGGGCUACCCUGAUGAAUUUGAAAGUACACGUAUUAUUGGUGAGAGGCAAUUCAGAAAAGCCGUAGAUUUAUUCGGAAAAGCGUCGGAACAUCUCACAGGGAAAGUGGACUUUCGUCACUCUUAUGUAGACUUCUCCCACCUUGAAGUGUCUCUUACUAAACAGGGAGGAGCCGCUGAGGUGGUAAAAACAUGUCCUGCUGCUAUGGGAUUUGCGUUUGCAGCUGGGACAACUGAUGGACCUGGAGCAUUUGAUUUUAAGCAAGGAGAUGACAAGGGCAAUCCUUUUUGGAAGUUGGUACGCAAUUUACUCAAAGCACCAGGCAACGAACAAAUUAGUUGUCAAAGCCCCAAGCCCAUUCUGCUUGACACCGGCGAGAUGAAGAUACCAUAUGACUGGGCUCCCACGAUACUUCCAAUUCAAAUUCUCCGCAUUGGGCAGCUUGUCAUUCUUAGUGUACCUGGAGAGUUCACAACAAUGGCGGGGAGACGCCUUCGAGAUGCUGUAAAAACAGUGUUAACUACUGGAGCCAAUAAAGAAUUCAAUAGCAAUGUUCAUGUUGUCAUAGCAGGCUUGACUAAUACCUAUUCUCAAUAUGUCACCACCUUUGAAGAAUAUAAGAUGCAGAGAUAUGAGAGCACUGAAACCUGGGAAAACAGAGGAAUAUGGCCAAGAAGGUUGAAGAGAGGAUGGAGGUCGUUGUGCAAGAACUUUUCAGAAAUUGCCGAUGAUGGAAGAAAACUUAUCUUUAAUAUCGAAGAGUAUAAACGUAUAAACUCGCAAAUCGAAAAACGUCAACAACAACAAGUAAUACUAAGGUAUAUUGAAGGUAUAAUAUGAGAGAAAUCAUUGGAGAUGAAGGAUACAGAAGGCUCAUCUUCACUCCUGGUUAUUCAGAACCGAUCGAUUCUUCAAGAUACAUGACUUAACUGAAGCUCAUGGGUGCCGUCAUCAGCUUUGAUGGUCCUGCACUUGAUUGGUACCGGUCGCGCGAUGAACGGGAAGCAUUUAAAGAUUGGGCUGAUCUGGUGCAAAGGAUGCUUAUCCGAUUCCGAUCGAUUAGAGAUGGAACAUCGGUGGGAAGAUUCUUAUCCAUCAAGCAGGAGACCACGGUGGAGGAGUAUAGAAAUUGGUUUGAUAAGCUACUUGCUUUGGUAGCAUUUCUUCAGACAGUGGUAUUGGAGGAAACCUUUAUGAAUGGGCUAAGCCCAUGGUUGAAGACCAAGGUUGAAUGUUUGGAGCCUGUUGGGUUGGCCUAGAUGAUGAAAUUAGCUUUGAAGAUUGAAAACAGAGAGAUGGUGAGGAAGGAAUGUGGGCUCAGUAGUGUUUAUAGAGGGAAACUGUCAUUCAAACCUAAUGCAAAAAAUACUACAACAGUGACUGCUAAUGAAACACAAGCCGAUGGAAAUUUUCCAAUGAGAACGACAACACUCAGAGGAGUGACAACAGGGGAUAAUCGUCGGGAAGGGCCAACAAAAAGAUUAUCCGAUACCGAAUUCCAAUCACAAAGAGAAAAGAAGUAUCUCGUAGGGCAACAAUGGAAAGACAAAGAGAAAAAGGAACUCCGAAUGUUGGUGGUCAAGGAGAAUGGAGAAGAAAUGGAGAUCAUUGAGGAGGAAUACUAUGAUGCUGAUGUUAAAUCAAUUGAAAUCAAUUGAAAUAGAAAAUGUGGAGAACUUAAAUAUUGAGUUAUCCAUAAAUUCGGUGGUAUGGUUAACUAACCCAGGGACCAUGAAGGUGAAGGGGAAGAUCCAAAACGGAGAUGUGGUAGUAUUCAUUGAUUGUGGAGCCACCCACAAUUUUAUUUCAGAAAAGUGGGUGAAUGCACUAGGCUUACCUAUAAAGGAGACAUCAAAUUACGGGGUAAUUUUGGGAUCGGGAAUGACUAUUAAAGGCACAUGUGUGUGGAAAAGUUGAAUUGAUGGUGGGAGAAUGGAAGAUGACGGAUAGAUUUCUACCCUUGGAGUUGGGAGGGAUAGAUGUCAUCCUUGAGAUGGAAUGGCUGGACUCGUUAGGAGUUACUAAAGUGGAUUGGAGGAAUUUGACAUUUCAGCAUGAAGGAAGGAAAGUUGUGAUCAGAGGAGAUCCUAGUUUAACCAAAACUAGAGUGAGGCUAAAAAACAUGAUAAAAACAUGGGAGGCCAAUGAUCAAGGCUUUUUGGUUGAAUGUCAUGCAAUGGAAGGAGGGUUGACUGGGGAGGAAAUGUAUGAUGAGGAGGUAGUACCCCAACUGUUGAGAUCUCAAUUCCUUUGUUAUUGAACAAAUAUGAUGACGUGUUUGAAUGGCCCAAAGAACUACCACCACAAAGAACCACCACCCUAAACCCUAAAACCUAAAUCCACCUAAAGAAGGGGACUAAUAUGGUGAAUGUGCAUCCAUACUGGUAUGCUCACCAAUAGAAGGAGGAGAUGGAGAGAUUAGUAGAUGAGAUAUUAUCAUUAGGGAUUAUACAUCCUAGUACAAGCCCUUGCUCUAGCCCGGUGUUGCAAGUAAAAAAGAAAGAUGGUAGUUGGAGAUUUUGCGUGGAUUAUAGGGCCUUGAACAAUGUUACUAUCCCUGAUAAGUUUCUAAUUAUAGUAAUAGAGGAACUUUUUGAUGAAUUAAAUGGGGCCAACAUGUUUUCGAAGAUAGAUCUAAAGGCUGGUGGUUACCAUCAAAUUAGAAUGCACCCAGAAGAUGUUGAAAAGAUAGCCUUAUGCGUGCAUGAAGGUCAUUAUGAGCUUUUGGUUAUGCCAUUUGAGUUGACCAAUGCUCCUUCCACAUUCCAAGCCUUGAUAUAUAUAUGAGGCUUUUUGUACUGGUCUUCUUUGAUGACAUACUCCAGGGGAUUAGAGGAACAUCUGCAGCAAUUAGAAGUGGUGCUAGAAAUUCUGAGGGAGAACCAAUUAUAUGCAAAUUUAGGCAAGUGCAGUUUUGCUAAGAGCUGUGUGGGGUAUUUGGGGCCAUAUUAUAUCUGAGAAGGGAAUAGAAGUUGAUCCUGAAAAGAGCGAUUAAGGAGUGGCCAAUCCCAAAUAAUAUCUGUGAGGUUCGAGGAUUCUUGGGGCUAACCGGUUACUACAGAAGGUUUGUCCAAAAUUAUGGGAGUAUUAUUGGACUGUUGACUCAAUUGUUGAAAGUAAGAGCUUACAAAUGGAAUGAAGAAGCAAAUAUGGUUUUUGAAAAACUGAAGAUGGCCAUGAUGACAUUACCGCUUUUGGCCAUGCCAGACUUCAACCUAUCCUAAAUAGAGACAGAUGCCUCGGGAUAUGGAGUAGAGCAGUGUUGACACAAGCCAAAGGCCUAUAGCCUAUUUCAUUAGAACAUUGUGUAUGAGGGACAGGGCAAGAUCAGUCUAUGAGAGGGAAUUGAUUGCCGUGGUGUUUGCAGUCCAAAGGUGGCAGCCAUAGUUAUUGGGAAAGAAUUCAUAGUAAAAACAGUCUAGAGAUCAUUGAAAUUUCCUACCGAAAAAAAGAGUAAUUUAACCACAGUACCAAAAAUGGAUAGCCAAGUUAUUGGGUUAUUCAUUUGAGGUGGUAUAUAAGCCGAGACUAGAGAAUAAAGUAGCAGAUGCCUUAUCUAGGUCCCUCUUUUAGUGCAUUUGAACCAUCUUUCAGCACCAACAUUAUUAGACUUGGUAGUAAUCCAAGAUGAGGUGGAGAAAGAUCCAAGUCUACAAGAGAUUAAAAAUAAAAUAGAAGAACAAGGAGGGGAAAUCUCAGACUUCACGGUGUAGCAGGGAGUCUUGAAGUUUAAAUUAAGGUUAGUGAUCUCAAAAACUUCUACCUUAUUGCCCAUCAUUAUGCAUACUUAUCAUGACUCGGUGUUUAGAGGUCAUUCGAGUUUUUUGAGAACUUACAAGAGGAUAACAGAGGAAUUAAACUAGGAGGGGAUGAAGAAAGACAUUAAAAAAUAUUGUGAGGAGUGCCUUUUUGUCAAAGAAAUAAGACAUUAGCACUUUCACCGGCCGGGUUAUUGAUGCCACUGGAAAUACCUAACACAAUAUGGAGUGAAAUUUCAAUGGACUUCAUAGAGAGGUUACCAAGAUCGGCAGGAUGGGAAGUGAUACUGGUAGUGGUUGAUUGAAUGAGUAAAUAUGCUCAUUCAUAACCCUCAAACACCCUUAUACAAGAAGCUAAGUCAGUGACAUAAGUGUUUGUGAAGGAAGUAGUGAGACUACACGACUAUCCAACAUCAAUUGUUUCAGAUAGAGAUAGAGUUUUUGUCAGGAAUGUAAUGUUCUUAUUGGUAGGGACUAAGUUGUAUAGAAGUUCAGCAUACCAUCCGCAAUCUGAUGCCAAGUAGUUAAUAAGAGUGUGGAGGAUUAUUUGAGAUGCUUUUGCAGGGAGAAGUCAAAGGAGUGGAUCAACUGGUUACACUAGGCUGAAUAUUGGUACAAUACUACGUACGAUGGUUCCUAUUGGGAUUACUCCUUUCCAGAUAGUUUACGGGAGGCAACCACCCCCUCAUACAAUAUGGAAGCAUGGAGACUCCUAAUUCCACACUAGGUCAGCAGCUGAAAGAGAGAGAUAUUGCGUUGAGAGCCUUGAAGAGCAUCUCUGAGCAGCACAAGAAAAGAUGAAGAAAUAUGUUGAUUUAAAAAGAAGGGAAGUGGAGUUUCAAGUAGGAGAAAUGUUCCUAAAAAUCAGGCCUUAUAGACAGUCGUCACUAAGGAAGAAACGUAAUGAGAAGUUAUUACCCAAGUAUUUUGGGCCUUAUAAGGUGCUGGAAAGAAUUAGAACAGUAGCAUGCAAACUGGAACUUCCAAGUUCAGCUGCCAUACAUCCUGUUUUUCAUGUAUCACAGUUGAAAAAGGUGCUCGGAGAUCAUACUCAAGUGCAUCAGCUGGUUUCUUACUUAAAUGAAAACUAUGAAUGGCUAACUCAACGAGAGGAAGUGUUUGGAUAUCGAAAGAACCCUGCCACGAAUGAAUGGGAGGUACUAAUUAGCUGGAAAGGGUUACUUCCACAUGAAGCUGCUUGGGAAGUGUGAUGAUUUCAAGCAGCAAUUUCGAGACUUCCCCCUCGAGGACAAGGUGGAUUUGGAGGAGAGUAUUGUUAGAGCCCCAUUACUUAAAUAUAGUAGAAGAAAUAAAAUAUAUUAUGAAUGCCACACGUGAGAGUAUGGGGGGAAGUAAAGGAAUUGGGGACCACUCUGGCGGGGCCCAUUAAUUAGUUAGCAAAAUAGGAUAUAAAGAAGGAAAGAGAGGGGAGGAGGAGGGAGCAUUUUGGGAGAAGAAGAAGGGUUGCAUUCCUCUUCAGGAGAGAAGGAGAAGCAGAAGGUCCACGUUCCUUGUAUUGUUCUUGAUUUCGUAAUUCCAUCUUGAGAAUAGUAGUUGAGUAUUUCUGUUCGUUUGGGUGUUCUGUUAUUAAGUGUUUGUAAUUUUCUUUUGUUGUUGAAUGUGAUCAAUCACCAUUGAAUCACGGAGAAGUUUUAUAUUGUAAUUGUUGAUUGAAUAUCAGUAUCCACAGACACGUAUUCUAAGCUA